UUCGAAGCUUCACGAAGCAGUGAUUCGUAAGCGGCCAUCACUACCACGUGCUGAGGACAGUCUCUGUGAUUGGUGGGUUCUCUCUGACGUCAUGUCCAUCAUGGCCGCGUCCUUGUGCUGUGCAUGUGCGUGAGCGACUGCUGUUAACCCAACACAGGAGACGAUGAAGGUGAAGAAGCCUCGCUUGAUCUCCUCCAAGAGAGGGGUGGUGGUGAAGGGCCAGUGGAAGGCGGUGAAUGUGGACCCCAGUCUGUUCUCUGACGAUGGUCUGGACGGGCUGGUGUGUUUCGAGGAGCUGACCGAUUACUCGCUGGUGGAGCCGGAGAAGACCAUCACCGCGCAGCAGCCCGCAAACACCACCAGCAAAGCCAAGAAGAAGAGAAAAGCUAGCGAGAGAGAAGCCGAAGAGCAGCUGCAGCCUGUAGAGGAAGAUGUAGAAGAAAAACCCGAUAGAAAGAAGAAAAAGAAGCAGAAGAAACUCAAAGCGGACGAGGAACCUCAGGACGUGUCUGUUCUGGAGGAGACGGUGGAAGCUGAGCGGGAUUCAGAGGAAGAGAGUCCUGACCUGACUCCAGACACACAACACAAACCGUCCAAGAAGAAGAAGAAGAAGAAGCCGCGUAAGAAGAAGAAGAAGGUGCUUGCAGAUGCGUCAGAAGCUGGGUCCGAGCCCGGCGUGCCUCCUCCGUCUCAGAAGAAGAGCAGGAACUGGAGCCGGCCGGCGGAGGUUGCGAGCGCAGACGUGUCAGCCUGGAAGGACCUGUUCGUUCCUGCGCCGGUGUUAACUGCUCUCAGCACGCUGGGGUUUUCAGCACCGACGCCGAUCCAGGCCCUGGCGCUGCCGCCGGCCAUCAGAGACCGACUGGACAUCCUGGGAGCGGCCGAGACCGGCAGCGGGAAGACGCUGUGUUUCGGGAUUCCCAUGAUCCACAGCAUCCUGGAGUGGAGGAAAGCGGCGGCCGGCGAGCAGACGACCAGAGCCGAUGACGCAGAGACGCGUGUGGAGAGCCUGUAUCUGCGAGACGGCGAGGAGCCGCAGGAGGAGAGCGGAGCCGCGUCUGCUGAAGAGGAGGAGGAGGGAGUCGCAGCUACUGGUCAAACACAGACGAACACACAGCAGCCGCCGCUGCUCGGCCUCAUCCUCACCCCCACCAGAGAGCUGGCCGUUCAGGUCCAACACCACAUCGAUGCUGUGGCCCGCUUCACCGGGGUCAGGACGGCGGUCGUGGUCGGAGGGAUGGCUCCGCAGAAGCAGCAGCGGGUUCUGAUGCGCCGGCCGGAGAUCGUGAUCGGUACGCCGGGACGCCUGUGGGAGAUGAUCCGAGAGAAGCAGCCGCACCUGCAGAACCUGCGCCAGCUGCGGUGUCUGGUGAUCGACGAGGCCGACCGCAUGGUGGAGAAGGGACACUUCGCGGAGCUGCAGAACCUGCUGGAGAUGCUCAACACGUCCCAGUUUAACCCCAGCAGGCAGACGUUUGUGUUCUCGGCCACGCUGACGCUGGAGCACGGCCUGCCGGCGCGCCUGCAGCAGAAGAAGCGCAAGAAGACCGAGCGCAGCAGACUGCAGCUCCUCAUGGAGAAGGUGGGCAUCAAAGACAAGCCCAAAGUCAUCGACCUGACGCGCAAGCAGGCCACGGUGGAGACGCUGACGGAGACGCGCAUCAACUGCACCAAGGAGGAGAAGGACCUGUUCCUGUACUACUUCCUGCAGCAGUAUCCCGGCCGUAGCAUGGUGUUCGCCAACAGCAUCGACUGCAUCAAGCGUCUGAGCGCGCUGCUGCUGAUCCUGGACUGCGCUCCUCUGCCGCUGCACGCUAACAUGCACCAGAAGCAGCGGCUGAAGAACCUGGAGCGCUUCGCUGAGAAGGACAGCUGUGUGCUGCUCACCACAGACGUCGCCGCUCGAGGCCUGGACAUCCCCGGCGUCCAGCACGUCAUUCACUAUCAGGUCCCUCGCACGUCUGAGACGUAUGUCCACCGCAGCGGACGCACCGCGCGCGCCGCCAGAGAGGGCCUGAGUCUGCUGCUCAUCGGCCCUGACGACCUGAUCAACUUCAGGAGGAUCUGCAGGACGCUGGGGAAGAGCGAGGACCUGCCUGUGUUCCCCGUGCAGAGCCUCUGCAUGAGCGCCAUCAAGGAGCGCGUGACUCUGGCCAGGAAGAUCGAGAAGCUGGAGUACUUCCACGGCCGGGAGAAGCAGCACAACUCGUGGGUGCGGCAGGCGUCCGAGGCGCUGGAGUUAGACGUGGAUGACGACCUGCUGAUGGGAGGAGGCGAGGAGGAGGAGGACCGGGAGAAGCAGAAGCUCAUCAGGAGUCUGAAGAAGCAGCUGAAGCAGCUCCUCUGCCAGCCGGUGUUCACAGCGCAGAUGAAGACCAAAUACCCCACGCAGAUGGGGAAACUGCAGCUGCCCCUCGCCCCAGCCGACACGGCGCUGGCCAGCCUGAGCCGCGACACACUCCAGCGCUGACCGCAGAUCUGACCUCAUCUGUGCUGCUGGAGCGUCUCCAGGGACAGGGCUGGAAACUGCUUCACGGCACGUUUAGUGAGAUCUCUAGGCAUGACUCUGCAGUGGUUUCUAUUGUCAGCACACAAGCUUCAUCUGUAAAUGAUUGCCAUUAAACACAGACCUGAUUAUUUAUAAUGAACUAGAGAACUUUUCUGAUGCAUUGGUAAGUUCUAAAGUGAAAAAACCUUGAGGGAAACUUGUGCAUUCAUUUCCCUUCAUUUUUCUACAUUUUAAUGAUUGUUUUGUGUUCAUCUGUCCAUUUUCACCCGAAGCAUUUACUCUCUCUCGUGUCCUUUGAUUGAUUUUGUUCUCUGGAUGGUCGAAGGCUGACUUGUAAACUUGUAGAAAUGAGCUUCAGAGUGAUUCAACUGAAACAUCUCCGUCUUUAUUAAAUCAUCAUUAUUGAAAUGAUUUCACAGAGUUACUGAUAAACCAGUUAUUUUUCAUGUUGAAGAAUAAAAA